AUGGAUCCCCAUUCAGUGAUCACUUCCGCAUUCCGGUGGCCGUCAAGUCGCCGUAAGGUCUAUCUCCGUCGGCGUAAGCCACAAGUCGUACGCCUCGGCGGAAAAAACAGUAAACCACGUGGCAGGUUCACGCUCAAGAGGAUGGUGACAAGGAUGAGGCUCAAGUGGCUGAGACUGUACUACGUGAGGCUCGUGAAGAAGAUCCAAGGGUAUUAUCGUGAUUUGGUUAAGGAGUUUGCGGACGCCGGAGCCACCACUAUCCAGCAACGGAUGACGGUGGAAACGGCGGCUUUUGCGGCCCCUGGAUUAGGUCUAUCUAUCUACCCCAUGUCCGGCCAAGAUCGACCCCGUUUUUUUCUUGUAUAG